UGUAACGGAUCAGAAACCAGUAUCGCUGACUGUCCAUUCGGAGGAUGGGGAGUGUUUUCUUCUCCGUAUUAUUAUAACUACCAAACAACCGUUUUCGUGGGUUGUACGGGACAAAAAGAUAUGGAUGAGUUUGCUGUACGACUGACGGACGGAUUUUCCAACUCUUCUGGUCGUGUGGAGGUGUUCUAUGACCGACAGUGGGGAACAAUUUGUAAUACUUACUGGGAUUAUUAAUGAUGCAGCAGUAGUCUGUCGGAUGCUUGGAUACAGUAAUACUAUCGACUACAAUCUUCGCGCUUUCCCACGUGGUUCGGGAAUGGUGUGGAUGAAUUUUCUCCAGUGUUACGGAACAGAAUCAACACUCUAUGAGUGCAGAUUUGUCGGAUGGGGAUCUACCUGUAAUCACGAGUAUGAUGUUGGUGUCUUCUGUUUUAACAAUACAGAUGAUUCGGAAGUGGCAGUCCGUCUGAUGGAGGUAGACGGAUAUCACAACAGGUCAGGCAGAGUGGAGGUUUUCUAUGCGGGCCUAUGGGGAUAUAUCCGAUAUAAUGACUGGGACGAUAAGGAUGCUGAUGUUGUAUGCAGGAUGCUGGGAUAUAGUACGGGAAAAGGACGUUCCGUGGCACACUAUAUGGAUCUUCCAUACCUCAAACACCCUAUCUGGAUGGACAAGGUCCGGUGUAAUGGUUCAGAGGACACAAUCGCCGACUGUCCAUUUGAUGGAUGGGGAUCGUCUUACUUAUCAACUAUCUUGACGAGCGCCUUCGUUUCCUGUCUAAGCCAAUCUGAUGUGGACGAGUUUGCUGUACGACUGACUGACGGAUUUUCCAACUCUUCUGGUCGUGUGGAGGUGUUCUAUGACGGACAGUGGGGAACAAUUUGUAGUGGUUACUGGGAUGAUACUGAUGCAGAAGUAGUCUGUCGGAUACUUGGAUACAGUAACUAUAUCAACUACCAAUACGACGCUUUCCCACGUGGUUCGGGAAUGGUGUGGAUGAAUUCUAUCCAGUGUUCAGGAACAGAAACGACACUCUAUGAGUGUGGAUAUAACGGAUGGGGCUCUAACUGUAAUCAUUACUAUGAUGUUGGUGUCUUCUGUUUUAACAAUACAGACGGUUCUGAGGUGGCAGUCCGUCUGAUGGAGGUAGACGGAUAUCACAACAGGUCAGGCAGAGUGGAGGUUUUCUAUGCAGGUCUAUGGGGAUAUAUCGGGUAUAAUUCCUGGGACGAUAAAGAUGCUGAUGUUGUAUGCAGGAUGCUGGGAUAUAGUACGGGAAAAGGACGUUCCGUGACACACUACAUUGAUCUUCAAUACCUCCAACACCCUACCUGGAUGAACAAUGUCCGGUGUAAUGGUUCAGAGGACACAAUCGCCGACUGUCCAUUUGAUGGAUGGGGAUCGUCCUACUAUUCAAGCAGGCUGUCCACUGCCUUCGUCUCCUGUCUAAGCCAAUCUGAUGUGGACGAGUUUGCUGUACGACUGACAGACGGAUUUUCCAACUCUUCUGGUCGUGUGGAGGUGUUCUAUGACCGACAGUGGGGAACAAUUUGUCGUGAUAGCUGGGAUGAUACUGAUGCAGCAGUAGUCUGUCGUAUGCUUGGAUACAGUAACUAUAUCAACUACCUUUACUACGCUUUCCCACGUGGUUCGGGAAUGGUGUGGAUGAAUUCUAUCCAGUGUUCAGGAACAGAAACGACACUCUAUGAGUGUGGAUAUAACGGAUGGGGCUCUAACUGUAAUCAUUACUAUGAUGUUGGUGUCUUCUGUUUUAACAAUACAGACGGUUCUGAGGUGGCAGUCCGUCUGAUGGAGGUAGACGGAUAUCACAACAGGUCAGGCAGAGUGGAGGUUUUCUAUGCAGGUCUAUGGGGAUAUAUCGGAUAUAGUUCCUGGGACGAUAAGGACGCUGAUGUUGUAUGCAGGAUGCUGGGAUAUAGUACGGGAAAAGGACGUUCCGUGACACACUACAUUGAUCUUCAAUACCUCCAACACCCUACCUGGAUGAACAAUGUCCGGUGUAAUGGUUCAGAGGACACAAUCGCCGACUGUCCAUUUGAUGGAUGGGGAUCGUCCUACUAUUCAAGCAGUCUGUCCACUGCCUUCGUCUCCUGUCUAAGCCAAUCUGAUGUGGACGAGUUUGCUGUACGACUGACGGACGGAUUUUCCAACUCUUCUGGUCGUGUGGAGGUGUUCUAUGACCGACAGUGGGGAACAAUUUGUCGUGAUAGCUGGGAUGAUACUGAUGCAGCAGUAGUCUGUCGGAUACUUGGAUACAGUAACUAUAUCAACUACCGUAACUACGCUUUCUCACGUGGUUCGGGAAUGGUGUGGAUGAAUUAUAUCCGGUGUUCAGGAACAGAAACGACACUCUAUGAGUGUGGAUAUAACGGAUGGGGAUCUAACUGUAAUCAUCAGUAUGAUGUUGGUGUCUUCUGUUUUAACAAUACAGACGGUUCUGAGGUGGCAGUCCGUCUGAUGGAGGUAGACGGAUAUCACAACAGGUCAGGCAGAGUGGAGGUUUUCUAUGCAGGUCUAUGGGGAUAUAUCGGGUAUAGUUCAUGGGAUGAUAAAGAUGCUGAUGUUGUAUGCAGGAUGCUGGGAUAUAGGUGUAAUGGUUCAGAGGACACAAUCGCCGACUGUCCAUUUGAUGGAUGGGGAUCGUCCUACUAUUCAAGCAGGCUGUCCACUGCCUUCGUCUCCUGUCUAAGCCAAUCUGAUGUGGACGAGUUUUCUGUACGACUGACGGACGGAUUUUCCAACUCUUCUGGUCGUGUGGAGGUGUUCUAUGACAGACAGUGGGGAACAAUUUGUCGUGAUAGCUGGGAUGAUACUGAUGCAGCAGUAGUCUGUCGUAUACUUGGAUACAGUAACUAUAUCAACUACCGUAACUACGCUUUCCCACGUGGUUCUGGAAUGGUGUGGAUGAAUUCUAUCCAGUGUUCAGGAACAGAAACGACACUCUAUGAGUGUGGAUAUAACGGAUGGGGAUCUACCUGUAAUCACGAGUAUGAUGUUGGUGUCUUCUGUUUUAACAAUACAGACGGUUCUGAGGUGAAAGUCCGUCUGAUGGAGGUAGACGGAUAUCACAACAGGUCAGGCAGAGUGGAGGUUUUCUAUGCGGGGCUAUGGGGAUAUGUCUUACAUAAUUACUGGGACGAUAAGGAUGCUGAUGUUGUAUGUAAGAUGCUGGGAUACAAAAUUAUAAAUGGAAAUUGGCAAUUCCUACGGGGAAAAGGACGUUUCGUGACACACUACAUAGAUCUUCAACACCUCCAACACCCUACCUGGAUGAACAAUGUCCAGUGUAAUGGUUCAGAGGACACAAUCGCCGACUGUUCGUUUGCUGGAUGGGGAUCGUCCUACAUUUCAAACAGGCUGUCGACUGCCUUCGUUUCCUGUCUAAGCCAAUCUGAUGUCGAUGAGCAUGCCGUCCGAUUGGUGGGAGGGUUUUCCAACAGCUCUGGUCGCGUGGAGGUGUUCUACGCCGGAGAGUGGGGAGCCGUAUGUGACAAUUCCUGGGACAACAAUGACGCUCAAGUUGUCUGUCGAAUGCUUGGGUACAGACGAGGAUCUGCUUACGGCUUUGGCGUCUUCGGUAAAGGAACUGGAAUGACGUGGAUGAGAGAUGUCAGGUGUUCUGGAUCAGAAUCAGAACUGUUCCAUUGUUCCUUCGAUGGAUGGGGGUCUACAUGUUCCCAUGACUACGAUGUCGGGGUCGUCUGCUUCAAUGACUCCGAUAUUUCAGAGGUGAAGUUCCGCUUGGUGGAAGCUGAUGGGUAUAAUAAAAGCUCUGGAUGGAUAGAGGUGUUCUACGGAGGUUAUUGGGGAUACGUAGGAUCAAAUAAUUGGCACGUGAAUGACGCCCAUGUCGCGUGCAGGAUGUUCGGAUAUAGCACCGGUUCCGCAAGUUACUACGAAUGCCGAUUUAAUAGCUUUGAACGUCCGAAACCUACUUGGAUGGACUCUGUGGAAUGUAUCGGAUCAGAAACUAGCCUCGCCGAGUGUGCCUUUGAUGGAUGGGGAGUGUAUUAUGGAGCCGGGAAUUCCUAUCAGAGUUGUGCCUUCGUUAAAUGUACCGGUCUCCUAGCAACCACUGCUUCGCCUUCAACCACUACGUUACCUACCACUGUUAGGCAACAGUCUACAACCAACCUUCCCACAGGAAUACGACUGGUGGACGGGUUUUCCGUCACUUCCGGUCGCGUGGAAGUGUUCCAGAAUAAUCAGUGGACUUCAGUUUGUGAUGACUUUUGGGACAGAGAAGAUGCUAAAGUCGUCUGCAGGAUGCUGGGAUACAGUCAUGGAGCGCCAUAUACCGAUGCGGCUUUCGGACAAGGUUCCGGUCCGGUUUUGGUUCGAAAUGUUAAUUGCUCCGGUUCGGAGUCGGAACUAGACCAAUGUCCUUUGGGUAGCGGAACUUCGUCCUGUGACCACACAGAAGAUGUCGGUGUUGUUUGUUUUAAUUCAGAAGAUAUCACCUCACUGGACGUGAGAGUGACGGACGUGACACCUGGUGGACAGGGACGGGUUGAAGUGUUCUACGCCGGGUACUGGGGAUAUAUAGGAGGCUGGUACUGGGACGACAAUGACGCCAGAGUCAUCUGUAGGAUGUUUGGUUACACAACUGGAAUAGCUAACACAGUGAGUCAUACCUUUGGCCUGUAUCAGCGUCAGCAGCCGACUUGGAUGGAUUUUGUCCAGUGUACAGGGUCAGAGGUAACUAUCGCCGACUGUCCGUUUGGUGGUUGGGGAGAGUUCCGAGGCGGGAGUAGUCAUGACCAGUUCACUGCUGCAGUUACCUGUCUGAAUGGUGAGUGUCAGAAAUUACUUCACUUCUGGGUGGUUUACUGACAAAGUUUUCAAUAUAUUCCUGCUAAUUGAUCUUUUUAAGGAUAAUAAAGAAUAUUCUAAAACUCUUAUAUCGACAAACAGAUGAUUGACGAAGCAGAAUAGAAUGAUGGAUAAAUCAGUAUAGCCAUAUAUGUACAAUAACGUACUUGUCAACAUUAUGAUUUUAAUGUCGUAGACAAUUUGCCUUAUUUUAUCAAUAUAAUUUCUGCACGUUGAUGAAAAUGUCAUAUGGAUAUAAUGCUGAUGCAUGCGAUACAUAAUAUUUAUUUUUUCUUUAUUUCAGCUGUAGUAUUGUUGAUAAUUAUUGUGACCUUCUGACCAUUCGGAACACGCUCGGCCUUUUGUCGUUCACGGAAAUGGCCGAGUAGUUACGAUUGACCUUCUGACAAGAAUAUUUCCACGACAUCUAACAUAAACACAGCACAUCUGCGCAUGCCCGGUCAAUCUGUCACACAAGAUACAUUCAGACUGACCGAUUCUUUAGUACACACAUCAUGUUGAGUUAUUUACAAUGUUGGUACUUUUUGAUGACUUUAUCAUCACUGAUGUCAUGUCUUGUGGUGUCCUUGAUGUGAUGUCCUGUAUAAUGUCAUGUCACGUGGUGUCUACGUAAACGUCUUGUAACGUCACUGUUAAUAUAACAAGCCCGUGAUGGUGUAUUACAUCAGAGCGGGUGGCACGUGUGUGUGAGCGUGUGGAAUAUAUAUCAUUAUAAUAACAUAUUAUGUUAUAAGAUGUUUUCCUUUCAUCCAAAAAGUGUAUUCUUCUUAUGUAUCGGCUCCAGAUAUAAGGUAAGCAUGGCAUUUUUUCAAAUUAUUUGAAAUCUAAAGGAAUAAAUGCUUUUUAUAAAUACAUGUAUCAUAAAUUUUCAUUUUGAUUAAAAUUUGAUGGUUAUUAAAAUAACCCACAACUAUGAAUUCUAAAUACACGUGUGUUAUCGUUAAAGUAUUUUUCUCUGCCGAUACUUCUUUUAUAACGGAAUGUGUUAAUAUUUACACAACUCUUUAUUCAUCCUAUGUAAAAAAAACUUCUUUUGUUAACACGCAGUAACAAUUGGUUUCAAUUUUAGCUGUUGACAAGUGGGAAAUUAAAAGUAACUAUGAUAGGUCUAAGCAGGCAGAAAAGAGCACACUCCGGCCUAUAUAUAUUGACACCGAGGUUUGAAGUGUGCCCACACGGUUAGAGUUUUCUACGUAAUCGACCUGUAUGGAAUUAUAGGCGAUAAGACUGUGAUGUGUACUUGAAGGACACAACCGUGUCAUACCAGUCGUAAAAAGAACGAGGAAUGGACCAGCCGUCCAGGAGGGGAUAGUGAAGUAGAGCAUUGGGAAGUUGACCUCUCUCUAUGACAGAGUUGCUGGCCGUGGAACCGAGACUUCUAACGUUACAAUUUCGGACUUAUUACAGAUGAUAGGUGUUACGAUACUACAUGACGAAUAUGAAGACCUGUCAAUAACCGAAAUAGUCAUUCGGAUGCCAGAAACCAGAACACCAUCUACAUCUCUAGAUUAUUUGUCGAAUUAGUGUUUCAUAUAGAAAGGUGUCUUAAAACAUUGACUCGAAUCUUGACGAUUAACAGCUACAGAGUAUUUAUUUUUAAAAAAGUAUAUGUAAGUUAAUUAUCCGAUUGUUAAAAUAUUUUUUUGUUUUUGUUUUUUGUUUGUUUGUUUUUUUUAUUUUAAAAACCCGAUUGCGAUACAAUAUGUCCUUUCAAUUACAUGCAUUUGGACAAUAUAUUUUAGGAAAAUUAUGUGUGUUAUCUGUUUUUGAUUAUAGACAAUAUCAGCUAUUGUUUCCGUAUUAAAAACAUAUGACCAU